UACUAACAAAUAUGGCUGCUGUUAUGAGUUAGUGCGUCGGUUACUGCGCACAUGUUUUGGCCAUUUUAACAUUUUAUUUAAUAUAUUGAUAAGAACAUUUUAAGCAUUAUUGGGUAAAGUAAUUAUAUAAAGAGUCUUAGAUAAAAUUCCUGAUGUAUUUAAAAUAUCUCUUAUACAAGUACUAGAACAUGAUCACUUGGUUUGUUUUUUUAAUAUUGAUGGAAGCUACAAACUGUUCGAAUAUAUCUGAUUUUGAUUUGCCUUAUUUUGUGAUUAAACCAUCACCAAAGCUUGCAAUUGAGUUUUUACCUUUAAUGAUUGACUGUUUGAUUAUGGGAAAUCCUGCUCCUACUAUUUCUUGGAUGAAAAACAAUAUUACGAUAAUUAAAAAUAACAGAAUCCAUAUUUUAUCAAAUGGUUCGCUUUUAAUCCUGAAAUCAACAUUGAUGGAUGAAGGAUUGUAUGUUUGUUCAGGUGAAAAUGUUCAUGGGAGCAUUCAAUCAAUUCCACCAAUCAAAGUUUUAGUGGCAUAUAUUGCAUUUGAUUUUUUGGAAAACCCCACAUCACAAAAAAAAAAAGUUGGAGAAUCAGUAACAUUUAAUUGUGUUCCACCUAUUCAUUACCCUGACUCACUUAUUGUUAACUGGUUUAAAGACUUUAACAUUAUUUUUCCAAAUAAAAGAGUUGGCGUUUUGUUAAACAACAGCUUAACAAUAAGCAAUAUACAAGCGUUUGAUGAAGGUAUGUAUUUUUGUCAAAUAACAAACAAAGUAGCAAUGGUUUCUCGAACUUCAAAGAAAGCAAAUCUGGAGGUUUUAGAGUUGCCAACUUUUACUUCACAAAAUAAAAACAUUUCUAUACACAAUGGUGAUUCAUUGCUAAUUAAUUGUAGUGCCCAUGGUAAACCAAAACCCAAUAUAACAAUAUACAGGGUUGUAAAAAAUAAAUUGAUUGUUUUAUCAAUGUCAGAAAUUUAUAUUGCUCAAUUAGUUUCAAUUUUGGAUCAAGGAGUUUAUGUAUGCUGUGCUAGUAAUGAAGUUGGUACCACAAAGCAUUUGAUUUAUGUGAUACUUUACUCAUCUGCAGUCUUCUUAACUCAUCCUUUGAAUCUUACAGUUAAUAUUGGUGAAAGCAUUAUAUUAAGUUGCAAAGUCAAUGGUUAUCCAUACCCAAAUAUUUAUUGGUAUUAUGAAAACCAGAAAUUAUUGUUUGGUAAUGUUUCAACACCAGAUUUGUUAUAUAUCACAAACAUAACUAAAAUGCAUGCAGGAUUCUAUUAUUGUAUUGCCUCUAAUCUUGUUGGAAACAUUACCUCCAAUAAAGGGCUUUUGCGUGUAUUAGUCCCACCCAUGAUAGAAUUAGAAGAAAAAGUAUAUGCAAAUAUAUCAAGCUUACUUAAGAUCUCCUGCAUGGCAUAUGGUGAUCCAUUUGUAAGCAUCAUAUGGAAAGUUCCAUUUAACUUAACACUUUCUAUUGUUUUUUCUAAUGAAUCUGCUUCAAAUGAUUUGUUCCAUACUGUCAGUAACCUUACUAUAUACAAUACAUCGUUAAACGAUAGUGGAAUCUACAAGUGUAUUGCCAAGAAUACUGCUGGUAGUAGUAGCAAAGAAGUUAGUGUAGUUAUACAAGGUUAUCCUGAUCCGCCUGUUUUAAAUAGCCUUAAGGCAAUCUCUUCUAAUUCAAUACAAGUAUCAUGGAACAAAACAUUUGAUGGUUAUUCUCCAAUAACUUUAUACAUCAUUGAGUAUACUUUAAAUAACCAAAGUUGGAAUAAAAUGUCAGUGAGUCAUAAUAUGUUUAGUGUGUUAAUAAUAAACUUGAAGCCAUAUACAUCAUAUUACUUUCGUUUAAAAUCAAAAAAUUUUGUUGGGGAUAGCAUCUAUAGUCAUAUAGCUGAAAUGAAAACUUUAGAAGGAGUUCCUGAUAUUGGAAUUUACAAAAUACAGUCAAUCAAUAUUUUUUCAACGAGCUUUAAAAUCAGCUUUAAUCUUGAAACUGUGGAUAGUGCAAAUGGUGUUAUUUUAGGAUACAUUGUUAAUUGUGUAUCAUCUGUUUCAAAAGUAACCAUUAAUACAAACUCAACAUCUAUAGUUAUUGAAAAGCUUACUCCAUAUACUGAAUACCAAUUAUAUAUUGCGAUAAUUAACAAAGUCGGAGUUGGAAAUUUUUCUUACCUUUAUACUGCUUUUACAAAGAUUGGAGUGCCAGAUGCACCGUCAAAUCUUCAAGUUGUUGCUAUAAAUUCAACUGCAGUAAAGUUGUCAUGGUUGCCACCAAAGAAAAUGAAUGGUCCUAUUAAAUACUAUGAAGUCUGCAUCUGUUAUAGAAAUGCAACAAUGGUUGAAACAACCAAAGAUGUUUUUAUCUUAAUUUAUACUCUAAUGCCCAACAGUACUUAUAUUGCAUAUGUGGUAGCAUUCACUGAAGCUGGUCAAGGAAAUUCUUCUGAAAAACUGCAGUUUCAAACAGGCUUAAUUUCAACACCUCUGAUAGCUAGCGCUGGGUGGUUAGACCGUGAAUAUUUGAUUGUUAUUAUUCCUGUUUCAGCACUUUCUGUUUUACUGUUGUUUGUAUUACUUUUAAUAUUUAUUGUCAGGAUCUUUCAUUCAAAAUACCAUAACAAAAAAGUUGCAGAGUUAGACAAAAGCGAUCGAAACAAAAAUUCAGAUUAUCUGGUCCAGCAUAAUAAUGACUUAGUUUGGGAUGGCGAUGACGAUAGCGGGAUUAGUGCUUCAGAUGACACCAUUGAUUCAAAUAAUAACUCUGAGGUUCAACAUGCAAGUUCAAUAACACAGAGUUUUAAUAAAAAAAAAAGUUUGAAAACAAUUCCAGAUACUAAUACACAGUACUGUUGUGUUGAACCGUACCAAGGUAUGAUAGUGGAAACCAGCCCUUUAGUAAAAUUAAAAGGAUUAAACGUAAAGUUUGAAAGAUAUUUAUCUGAUUUUGAACCGGAUGUUAAUAAUGAUGAGCAUAGUAUCACUCUAAAUUCUCUAAACAAUCCUCCAUCUUUAUCUAAUCUCGAUCUUGUUGAAAGUGAAACUGAUUUUUCCGAUGGCAUUUUCAAUGAAAAUUUUCAAGGUUUCUAGACUAUUAAAUGAAACUUUUAGAUUUUUUGUCCUGCUUCAUGGUAACCUCUAUAAUUUGACGAAGUCAUAAUAGUAAUAUUCAGUAUCGCGGCGCAUAUAAACUGAUGACCAAACACUUACUGUACGCACACGUAAUUAACAUUUUACUAUAUAGGUAAUAAAAUCAAAGUUUUAGAGAUAUAGAGUGAAGUAAUCUGUGAAAAAGAACUGCAUGACCUAUUGAGCCAACCUGGUAGUUACUUACAUAAAUGUAAUUACAAUUUUUAAAAAAAUCCGAUGUUCAAUUACAACUUUUUACUUGAAAAAAAUAUCAAUGUCGGUUGUGUUGCAGCUGUCAUAUAUGUUUAUUUUUGGGAUGAAGAUAAAGUACCAUUUAAUGAGGACUGGAACAGGCUUUGGGACUUAAAAAUCGAGAAUUUAGGCAUUAUUCUGCAAUUUCUCUGUUCAAAAUUGAAACCAGGACAUUCACACUGGAACAGUUGAAUAUCCUGGAUCUGGAUUAUUAAAAAAAAAUACGAGCAUAUUUGACUUGAGUCUGGGAAAGAUUAAGUAAAAUUUAAUUGAAAUGGUUAAAAAAGCACUUCUAAGUUAAUAUAAAAUUGUUUUAUAUGAGUUAGCAAUAACAAUCUGUAACCAAUAGUUCCGUUAUUCGGUGUAUUUGUUUAAAGUAAGAAAAACAACAUUACAAGAAGGAAUUAUAGUCAGUAAUCAAUAGUUAUUGAAUCGCUGCUACUUACACAGGCCUACUCAACAUGCAACUGUCACAAACUGUAGGCCAGUUUUUUUGUUAUUUUUUUUUUAUAAAUUUUUUUUUUAAAAUUAAAAAUAAGCAAUUUAAUAAAGAAAACGUUUUUUUGGUAUUUUAAAAUGUUUUGUAAAUCAUGUUUAUAGACAAAAUAGUUUGAUAAUGAUGUAAUUUUAUAAUAAUUUUAUUAUACCACUUUUUUUUAUUGUUUUACUAUGUUCUUACAAAACAAUCUUGAAUAUUUAAACGUAUUGGUUAAACUUUUUAAACAAAUAUUUAUACAUAAUUUAUUAUAUAAAGAAAAAUUUUUAAAUUUGAAA